GGAACUGGGACAUUUGGGAGGGUCCAUUUGGUAAAAGAGAAAACGGCAAAGAACUAUUUUGCACUAAAAGUAAUGAGCAUUCCCGAUGUCAUUCGUCUAAAACAAGAACAGCAUGUACACAAUGAGAAAUCCGUUUUGAAAGAGGUGAACCAUCCAUUUCUAGUCAGACUGUUUUGGACCUCACAUGAUGAUCGGUUCUUAUAUAUGCUAAUGGAGUAUGUACCGGGAGGAGAACUUUUUAGCUAUUUGCGCAAUAUGGGACGUUUUAACAACAGCACUGGACUGUUUUACUCUACGGAAAUUAUUUGUGCAAUAGAAUAUUUGCACUCCAAAGAAAUUGUUUACAGAGACUUGAAGCCUGAAAAUAUAUUGCUUGACCGAGAAGGUCACAUCAAACUAACAGAUUUUGGAUUUGCAAAAAAGCUUUCGGACAGAACGUGGACACUGUGUGGAACACCGGAGUAUCUUGCACCUGAAGUCAUUCAGAGUAAAGGCCAUGGAAGAGCGGUGGACUGGUGGGCUUUAGGCAUUCUAAUAUUUGAAAUGUUGUCUGGGUUUCCUCCAUUUUUUGAUGACAAUCCGUUUGGCAUAUAUCAGAAAAUUUUGGCUGGCAAGAUAGACUUUCCAAGACAUCUAGAUCUUUAUGUGAAAGACCUCAUAAAGAAGCUGCUCGUUGUGGAUAGAACUAGAAGACUUGGAAAUAUGAAGAAUGGAGCAGAAGAUGUCAAGCGCCACAGGUGGUUUAGAUCAAUAGACUGGGAUGCGGUACCACAACGAAAAUUAAAGCCUCCAAUAAUGCCAAAGGUGUCCCAUGAAGGUGAUACAUCAAACUUUGAGGCCUAUCCUGAGGAUGAUUGGAACAAAGCCCCCCCAGUACCUCCUAAAGACCUAGAAAUGUUUAAAAAUUUUUAA